CCCACAGCGGGUCAGAGGACAUUACCACCGAGGAUUCCCUAGCGGGAGCCCUGAGCGCUGACGACCUGCCAGGAAGGUGUGAAGCCCUGUAACCGAGGAGCUGCUGGCAGCAAGCGCGACCGGGAGCUGAUGUGUGGGCUUCUUACUGGCUUCAGCACUGCAAGCAACAUGCUGAAUACCGGUGAAUAAGAGAAGUGAGCUGCUCUGUGGACAAUGCAUUGGGUUCUUCUGCACAGACCUGAAGUAAGGUCCAGCUAGCAAGGCAGAAGUGAAGCAGCUGUGGAAAAAGAUUGCUCAGAGAAGCGGAAGAGAUAUAUAGUGCAUUCACCUGGAGUUAGAAGCUAUGACUGAAAGAUGAUGGGAACGUAAUUGAAGGAGAUACACUGGGAGCAGCUGUUGUUCUUCUGGCUGACAGAGGGAGCAGAAGAAAGGUGAUCAACAUACAAUCUCAACAGCUAUGCCUGAGAAGUGCAGUUAAGGCAAUGCUCUGUGGCACUGCAGGAAGCUCUGCUGGAGUAUGAAGCAGGCUCAGAAGUCCAUAUCUGCCUUGAGUGAAGUUUGACAAACAAUGGUCCAGCAGUUUUGUCUCUGGAAAUGGUUAGCUGUAGGGAUGGCAGUUGCUACUAUCUUAGCAGGUUGUUUGGCCCAGAAUGAUGAAGAUUGCAAAUUGGCCAGAACUGGUCCUCCAGCCACAAUAGUUCCUAUUGAUGAGGAAAGCCGCAAUGGCACCAUCCUGGUUGACAGCAUGCUGAUCAAGGGGACAGCAGGAGGGCCAGACCCCACCAUUGAACUUUCCCUAAAGGACAACGUGGAUUACUGGGUGAUCCUCGAUCCUAUCAGCCAGAGGUUAUAUCUGAAUAGCACUGGCCGAGUUCUGGACAGAGAUCCCCCAAUGUCCAUUCAGUCCAUUGUGGUGCAAGUGCAGUGUGUCAACAAAAAGGUUGGCACCAUAAUCAACCACGAAGUGCGGAUUGUGGUGAGAGACAGGAACGAUAACUCGCCUCAGUUCCAGCAGCAGCGGUACUACGUGGCGGUAAACGAGUUAACUCCAGUUGGAACAACCAUCUUCACAGGAUUUUCUGGAAACAAUGGUGCUAUUGACAUUGAUGAUGGGCCCAAUGGACAGAUCGAAUAUGUCAUCCAGUACAACCCUAAUGAUAAGGCUUCCAACAGGACCUUUGAUAUUCCUCUGACUCUGUCUGGAGCAGUAGUCCUACGGGAGCGACUAAAUUAUGAGGAGAAGACUCGGUACUUUGUCAUAGUUCAAGCCAAUGACCGAGCCCAAAAUCUGCACGAGCGAAGGACAAGCACAACCACCCUGACAGUGGAUGUGCUUGAUGGGGACGACCUGGGACCCAUGUUUCUUCCCUGUGUCUUGGUGAACAACACUCGUGACUGCAGGCCUCUCACCUACCAAGCCAGCUUGCCAGAACUGACUGAUCCUGCACUUGUGAAUCCCAUCAGUGUCACUCCACCCAUCCAAGCCAUAGAUCAGGACCGAAACAUCCAGCCUCCUUCUGAUCGACCGGGCAUCCUCUAUUCCAUCCUAGUUGGCACUCCCGAGGAUUAUCCCCAGUAUUUCCAUAUGAAUCUCACGACGGCUGAACUGACGCUCCUGAAGCCAAUAAACAGGGAUUUGCACCAGAAGUUUGACUUGGUCAUUAAGGCUGAGCAAGACAACGGCCACCCUCUUCCUGCCUUUGCCAACCUGCAUAUUGAAGUCCUCGAUGAGAACAACCAGAAGCCUUACUUCACAAGAUCAAGCUAUGAGGGCUUCAUCCUGGAAUCCUCCCCGGUGGGCACAACCAUCUGUGACAACCGGAAUCUGACUUCCCCACUGCAAAUUGUGGUGUUGGACAACGACGUGGAGGAGACCAAGGAUCCACAGCUCCAUCUCUUUCUGAAUGAUUACAAUACGGUUUUCACUGUGACUCCGAGUGGCAUCACCCGCUACCUCACCCUGCUGCAGCCUGUCGACAGAGAACUCCAGCAGCUUUACACCUUCUCGAUGACAGCUUCUGACGGUGUCCAGGAGAGCCUGCCGGUGACCGUCAACAUCGUGGUGAUCGACGCCAAUGACAACUCCCCCACCUUCUCCAACUUAUCAUACAGUGUCAAGAUUUACACAGACAUGGGGCCCGGGGAAGGUGUGAUAAAGCUGACUGCUGUAGAUGCGGACGAGGGAGCCAAUGGACAGAUAGUGUAUGAGAUUUUGGCGGGGGAUCAGGGAGACUUCCUCAUCAAUGACCGCACAGGCCUUAUCACCAUUGCUCCAGGAGUUGUGCUGGCAGUGGGGCGCUCCUACGCCCUCACUGUCAAAGCAUCUGAUAGUGCUCCUCCUGCACAGAGAAGGAGCUCUAUUACCACUGUUUACAUUGAGGUCCUUCCACCCAACAACCAGAGCCCUCCUCGCUUUCCCCAGCUGAUGUACAGCCUGGAGGUCAGCGAGGCCAUGAGGAUUGGAGCUGUUCUGUUGAACCUGCAGGCUUUUGAUAGAGAGGGUGACCCUAUAAGAUACCUCAUUCAGAAUGGAGAUCCUCAGCAAGUUUUUAAUCUCUCUCAAAGCUCUGGAGUGCUAACCUUAGGCAAGGCCUUGGACAGAGAAAGCACAGACCGCUACAUUCUGAUCGUUACAGCCUCGGAUGGCAGACCUGAUGGGACCUCAACUGCUACAGUGAACAUAGUGGUGACAGAUGUCAACGACAAUGGGCCGGUUUUUGAUAUGUUUCUGCCUCGAAACCUGUCUGUACAGGAGGAGGAAGCCAAUGCUUUUGUUGGGCAAGUCAGGGCCACGGACCCGGACGCCGGUGUCAAUGGUCAGGUGCAUUACAGCCUGGCAAACUUCAACAACCUUUUCCGCAUCACAGCCAACGGCAGCAUUUACACAGCAGUGAAGCUCAACAGGGAAGAGAGGGACUACUAUGAGCUCAUCGUGAAAGCCACAGAUGGGGCUGUGGACCCUCGCCAUUCCACCCUGACUUUAGCCAUCAAGGUGCUGGACAUUGACGACAACAGCCCUGUUUUUACCAACGCUUCCUACACUGUCUGCGUGCCAGAAAACCUUCCACCCGGCACUGUCUUCCUGCAGAUUGAGGCAAAGGAUGUUGACCUUGGCUCUGAAGUUAACUAUCGGAUCCGGACACAGGAAGCGCUGGAGUAUUUUGCCCUGGACAAGCAUACAGGAGAGUUAUCUCUUGUGAAGUCCUUGGAUUAUGAAUCAUUCUCUGACACAGAAGCAACCUUCACCUUUCUGGUGGAAGCCUUCGACAGGAAGGGCACUAUGCCUCCUGGGCUUGCGACCGUCACAGUGAGGGUAAAGGAUAUGAAUGAUUACUCUCCAGUAUUUAGCCAAAAGCUCUACAGGGGGAUGGUUGCUCCUGAUGCAGUCAAGGGCACCGUCAUCACCACGGUCUCUGCUGAGGAUGACGAUCCUCCGGGCACACCAGCAAGUCGAGUCCGAUACAAAGUGGAUGUUGUGCAGUUCCCCUACAGUGCCAGCAUCUUCGAUGUGGAGGAAGAGUCGGGGCGCGUAGUGACCAGAGUCAACCUAAACGAGGAGCCGAGUACAGUCUUCAAGCUAGUGGUCAUUGCCUAUGAUGAUGGAGACCCUGUGAAGUUCAACACCACCACUGUAGAAAUUGCUGUGCUGCAGCCUUCGGUGAUCCCAAGGUUCACACAGGAUGAGUACAGACCCCCACCAGUGAGUGAAAGUGCCCCAAAAGGAACUGUGGUGGUAGUUGUUACAGCAGCUGCCUUGAACCAGACCAUUGUCUACUCAAUUGUUGCAGGAAAUGAAGAGGGAGUGUUUGCUAUUAACAACAGGACAGGAGUGAUCUGGGUUCAGAAGCCUCUGGACUAUGAGAGUGUCACAAGCUACGAGCUGCGGGUUCAAGCGGACUCCUUGCAAGUGGUGCGAUCCAACCUGCGCGUCCCCUCCAAAAGUAACACAGCCAAGGUGUUCAUUGAGGUGAAGGAUGAAAACGACCACGCGCCUGUCUUCACCAAAAAGCUGUACAUUGGAGGCGUGUCUGAAGAUGCCAAAAUGUUUUCCUCUGUGCUUAAAGUUAAGGCCAAUGAUAAAGACACCGGGAACUACAGCGCCAUGCAGUACAGGCUGAUCAUUCCUCCCAUCAAGGAUGGUAAAGAAGGUUUUGUGAUUGAAGCUUACACAGGGCUCAUAAAAACUGCUAUGAUGUUCAAAAACAUGAGAAGGUCCUACUUCAAGUUUCAGGUCAUUGCCACGGACGACUAUGGGAGGGGACUGAGCAGCAAAGCAGAAGUGCUUGUCUCUGUGGUCAAUCAGUUGGACAUGCAAGUCAUCGUCUCAAACGUGCCUCCCACCCUCGUGGAGCAAAACAAAGAUCAACUCAUAGGGAUCCUGGAACGUUACAUCCAAGACCAGAUCCCUGGUGCCACGGUGGUGGUGGAGUCCAUUGGUGCACGGAGGUAUGGGGAUGGCUACUCUGAAGAGGAUUACAGCAAGUCUGACCUCAUGGUCUAUGCCAUUGACCCCCAAACCAACAGAGCUAUCAUGAGGAAUGAACUUUUCAAAUUCCUGGAUGGCAAACUGCUGGACAUCAACAAAGAGUUUCAGCCAUACCUGGGGCAGGGGGGACGCAUCCUGGAGAUCCGCACCCCGGACGUGGUGGCCAACGUCAAGAAGCAGGCACAGGCCGUAGGCUACACGGAAGGUGCCCUCCUUGCCCUAGCUGUCAUCAUCAUCCUUUGCUGUAUGCCAGCUAUUCUAAUAGUUAUGGUCAGCUACAGACAGCGCCAGGCCGAAUGUGCCAAGACUGCAAGGAUCCAGAUGGCUCUGCCAGCAGGCAAACCCUCCAGCGCUGCCACCAACAACCUCUACGAGGAGCUCGGGGACAGCACUAUGCGAGGAUAUGCGCAGCAAGAGCAGCAGCAGUUGCUGAGACCUUCUCUUCUCAGACCAGAGGAGCUAAGCAUGGAGUCUGGCAUUGAUCCAGGGCAGGAAUACUAUGGGCAAGAUUACUACAGUUAUGAGCAUGGGUACGAGCUGCCUCAGUAUGGGAGCCGCCGAAGGCUGCUGUCCCCUUCAGGGAUGUAUGACGAGUAUGGGGAAGUCAUGGUGGAGCAUGAUGGAGGCUACUACUACAGCCCUCAUGGACCAGCAGCAGAUGAGGGCAUGAUGCCAGGCAGAGGCCCUCCAAGCAGAGACAUAAGCCAGAUGGCAGGGCCACAAGUAGAAGGUAGACCUUUAGAUGGUGGGAUGGACCUAAGGCUCGGUCCUGGAAGAGCGUAUAGGAGCGGCCAGGGCAAGAGGAGGCUGAGAGGAGCCAUGCACUUGAGUCGUGUGGCAGUCGGUGCCCACAAGCCGGUGGGAAGAGCCGAGUCUGCUCGCUCCCGGUGGAAGAAGGCCAGGAUCUUCCCACUGAUCCUGCAGAAGGUGAAAGGUGGGAGGAAGGAGUCCAGCUAUGCCAAGCUGAUGUCGGCUGGCAAGGCAGAGGAGGAGAAGAGCAUGAUGAUCAGGGGCAGUUACUUCCAGAAGUCUACGGAUGCCAGGCCCUCCAUGAGGAAGCUCAACCACGUCUUGAAACGCAUCAGCGUCUCCAGGAAGUUUCAGGAGCCCUUGAGCAAAGAAGGAGAGGAUGAGUCCAAAUCAGGGGUUUCAAUAAGCAUCACGGCGGAGAGUGAGCAUGAGGACAGCGACCAGGAGAGGAAGAGGAGGAAGCACGCUUCGGAUGAGUCCUUCAGCUCCGAGUCAGAAGACAAAGACUACUUGAAAGUAACUCUAGACCAAGAUGAAGCCACUGAAAGUACUGUGGACUCGGAUGAAGACUUGGAAGAGUCUGAGGAGGAAUCUGGAUCCAGCUCUAGCAGUGAGUCAGAGGAGGACUCAUCUGAAGAGGAGGACGAUGAGGAAGACUCCAGCAGUGACGAAGAUGGUAGCCUGUCGGUGAGCUCCUCUACCGAAAGCUCAUACAGCAAAUCAGGCACCAGCCGGUCCAGCAGCAGAAGAAGCACUGAAAGAUCCAGCACAAAAAGCAGGGGAGGCAGCAGCCGUGGCAGGGCCAGGAGAUCCAGCCAGAAAUCGAGUGUGAGCUCGACCGCAUCAGGUAGCGACAGGGACACGAGCUACAGGAAAACUUCAGGGUCCAGCUACAAGAGCAAAACCUCCUCUGCCAGCCUGGAGAUAGAAGACACGAUAGAAGAGGUGUCAGAAGAAGAUGAAGAUGAAGAAGAUGUGGAACAAGCCAUCAAGACAGCAGACAACUCCAACAAGGCAGGCACUCAGAAGUCCAGCAAAGCAAAGACUGCUGCUGCUGAAGGCAAGGGAGGAAGAUCAGCUCCUCGUGGGGAGGGUAGCCUGGAUGAAGGCGCAGAAGAGGCUGACACAGAUAUUAGUGACAGGAAGGAAAGUGUGAAUAAGAAUGAAUCUUCCUGCCUGGAAAGUGAAGUCGGUGCUACUUCCAAAGGGACCGAAAGCAGGAGCACUUCUGGCCAAACUGCCUCCUCCCCUGACACGGAGAAGCAAAACUCUGACACCACUUGGGCCAGAAAGAAAAGGAUCAAGCUGAUAGUGGACCCAGAGUAUGAGACCAGCUCCACUGGAGAAGACAGCGCUCUGGAUUCCAGCCAGAGGAAUCGCCUCAGCAACCCCAGCACCCAACCCAACCUCAACGGGAACCUCUACAUCGCCCAGAACGGCUCUGUGGUCAGAACCCGGCGUGGCUGCCUGGCCAAUAACUUAAAAGUCACCUCUCCAGUGAGGCUGGGCAAACAGUUCAGGAAACUGGACAAGCUGGCAGUGACCCAGGAGGAGAGCGUGCCCCUGAGCACGUUGUCCAGGGGGCCAGCUGCCAGCGACAAAAUAAACGCGAGGCCUUGUGGCGUCUCCUUCACCUCCUCAGCCACAGGGGCUGAGGGCUCCGUGGCCAGGGCAGGGGGCUCCAGGAUCAAAAGCACAGAGGAGCAGGAGUCAGUUGUUGAUGGUGAGGACAGCAAAGAGCCCUUGGAGUCACACAGUGAACACACACAGUCAGACGAAGAGGAGCUCUGGAUGGGCCCCUGGAACAACCUUCACAUACCAAUGACAAAACUGUGAUUUGAGUUGAGUUGGUUUGAUUUGAUUAUUGUUUUUUCUCCUUCCCCCC